AUGGCCACCCCCAGCUCUCAUUUCCAAUCCCAGCCGCAGCACUUGCUGCUGGUGCUGCCAGUGCCAGUAAUCCUAGUUCUCAUCUUUGCCAUGGCUGCUGAAGCUCAAGGGGGUUGCCGACACAAGUGCGGUGACAUCGACAUCCCCUUCCCAUUUGGCAUCGGCGUCGGCCCCGGCUGCUUCCGUGAUGGCUUCGAGGUCUUGUGCAACGAAUCUUCCGUUCCUCCCCGUGCCUUCCUUGCUGGAGGCAAGUACGUCAGGCAGCAGCACAGCUCGCCAUCCGGUGACAUUGAGUCGUCCUGGCUGGUGGAGCUGGCGAGCUUAUCAGUCGCUACAGGCGAGGCACGAGUGUUUGCCCCGGUCUCCUACCACUGCAACACACAAGACAACGGGGUCGUCUCCAUGGCACCGGGGGACGGGUCUUGCUCGGGGUCCUGCUGCCAAGCUACCCUUGCGCGCUACGGCAAGAGCCUCAGAUGGACUGUCAAGUUUCUUAGUGACAAUACAAUUAACAUGCCGCGCCUCCCGUGCUCCUAUGGCAUGGUGGUGGAGAAGUCAUGGUACACAUACUCUAUGGCGGAUCUAGAGGGCUACAAGGUGCUACUCAAUAGGUUUCCCCAGGGCGUCCGCAUGGUGCUCAAUUUCACUGCUGGGGACGGUUUGUGUCCGGCAAAAGGACAGCCGCCGCCUCAGGACUACGCCUGCCUCAGCAGCAACAGCUUUUGUGCCAAUGCAACAUACGGAUAUACCCCUGGCUACAUCUGCAAGUGCCUGGACGGUUACGCGGGCAACCCUUAUAUCCCUAACGGAUGCCCAGACAUUGAUGAGUGCAGCCUCCUCCAAAAUCCAUGCUCAAAUGGCGGGGUCUGCACAAACAAGUUGGGAGGCUAUGACUGUCCAUGCAAAUUCGGAAUGAAGGACGAUGGCAGAGGGGGAACCUGCACAGAUAUAUUCCCUCUAGCAGCAAAGGCGGCUGUGGGUGCAAUAGGUGGUGUACUUCUCGUGGUGAUUAUAUCGUUUCUUGUUAUUCUUCGCAAAGAGAAAAAGAAAGUGAAUGAAUUAUACAAAAGGAACGGCGGCCCAACAUUGGAGAAGGCAAAUGUGAUUAAGCUUUUCAAAAAGGAUGAGCUCAAGCCAAUUUUGAAGAAUAGCAAUUUAAUUGGAAAAGGUUGCUUUGGUGAAGUUUACAAGGGCCUUCUCGAGAAUAAACUAGUUGCCGUAAAGAAGCCGAUUAAUGGUUCUGUGCUAGAGAGUGACCAAUUUGCAAAUGAAGUCAUCAUCCAAUCUCAAGUCAUCCACAAGAAUAUUGUUAGGCUCAUUGGUUGUUGCCUUGAAGUUGAUGCCCCCAUGUUGGUCUACGAGUUUAUCUCCCAAGGUAGUCUCCAUGACAUUCUUCACAAUAACAAUAACAAGGUGGCUCUCAACUUGGAUGCACGUUUAAGUAUUGCUGCACAUUCAGCGGAUGGUCUAGCUUAUAUGCACUCAAAAACAAAUAUUAGAAUUCUACAUGGUGAUGUCAAACCAGCAAAUAUACUCUUGGAUGAUAACUUCAUACCCAAGAUUUCAGACUUCGGCAUAUCUAGGCUGAUUGCAAGAGAGAAGGAACACACUGCAUCAAUCAUUGGUGACAUGAAUUAUAUGGAUCCGGUGUAUCUACAAGAAGGCCUACUCACCGAAAAAAGCGAUGUUUACAGUUUUGGGGUUGUGAUUCUAGAGCUUAUUAGCAGGAGGAGGGCAAUGCAUUCUGACAAUAAUAAGUUGGUAAAGAAUUUUCUUGAAGCUCAUAAGAAACAAAACAAAGCUACUGAGUUUUUUGACAAGGAAAUUGCGAUAACAGAAGAUUUGGAGCUUCUUGACAGUCUAGCAGGUAUGGCCGUGGAAUGCCUUAGCCUUGACGUGGAUCAAAGACCAACGAUGAUGGAGGUAGCUGAGCAGCUACUCAUAUUGGGCCGAUCUCGUAAGGUGUAAGAUAUUUGUCAUAGGUUAUGUUUUGACAAAAUC